GCACCAGGAAUCCUGAGAAUGCACUUCCAUGAUUGUUUUGUACUAGGUUGUGAUGGUUCUAUCCUCAUUGAAGGUUCAGACGCUGAGAGAACUGCUAUCCCAAACAGAAAUUUGAAAGGAUUCGACGUUAUUGAGGAUGCUAAGACGCAAAUUGAAGCUAUCUGUCCUGGAGUUGUUUCCUGUGCUGAUAUUCUUGCUCUAGCUGCUCGUGAUUCCGUUGUUGCGACUAGGGGACUGACAUGGUCUGUGCCUACGGGACGUAGAGAUGGGCGAGUUUCGAGAGCAGCUGAUGCGGGUGACCUGCCAGCUUUUUUUGAUUCUGUGGAUAUUCAAAAGCGAAAGUUUCUUACAAAGGGUCUCAACACUCAAGAUCUUGUCGCCCUUACUGGUGCGCACACUAUUGGAACCGCAGGUUGCGCAGUCAUCAGAGACAGGCUAUUCAAUUUCAACUCCACUGGUGGCCCUGACCCUUCAAUAGAUGCAACCUUUCUUCCUCAGCUUCGAGCAUUAUGUCCACAAAAUGGGGAUGCCUCAAGGCGUGUGGGACUAGACACUGGAAGCGUAAACAAUUUCGACACUUCGUAUUUCUCCAACCUCAGGAAUGGUCGUGGAGUUCUGGAAUCAGACCAGAAGCUGUGGACCGAUGCUUCUACACAGGUGUUUGUCCAAAGGUUUUUAGGUAUUAGGGGAUUACUUGGAUUGACAUUCGGCGUGGAGUUUGGCAGGUCCAUGGUUAAAAUGAGCAAUAUUGAAGUUAAGACUGGCACUAAUGGUGAAAUUCGUAAAGUUUGCUCUGCUAUCAACUGAUACAGAUAUUGUACCCUUUUAUGUACUUACUACUCUUGUACUUAGUUUCUUUCAGUCAGCGCAAGCUGCAAAAUCGAAUUGUUGUGAUAUCCAACAUUAAUAAAUAAAAGCAUUUACAGAGUGAAGUUGCUGUUUUC